CGGCGGCUGCGCGGCCCGCAGGAUGCCGGGGCUGGUGGUGUUCGGCCGGCGCUGGGCUAUCGGCAGCGACGACUUCGUCCUCCCGGGGGCCUUUGAGCUCUUCGUCAGGCUGGUGUGGAGUUAACGUGAUGGAUCGGCCUGGGCUCUGUGGAAAUGAGUAGCGCCUGUUGCUCGGUCUGCAAACGACUUUGUUGUAAUGACUGCUGAGCACUCGGAGAGUCGUUUCGUUCUGACGAAUUCCUUACAUAACAGCUCCAUUUGUACUAAUCUUUGUGGAAUGCUUUCAUUAAGAGGAAAACUGUUCAUCGGGCGAUCGCUCUGCAGUAUGCGCUUUUCCCUUCCAGCUCUAACCGUUGUUAUCUCGCUCCCCUGUAGGUGGAUUGGGAUUCUUGCUCUUUACACAGUUCAUAAGGGGCAGUUCAGCUGUCCCGGGGGAGGAUUACUGCACAGCUACUUGCUUGUCCUCCUCAUUCUCCUGGCUUUUAUCAUAUGUGCAUUAUCUGCUCUUGUAUACGUCAGUAUGCAAGGAACAAUUUCUAAUCCAGGCCCAAGAAAAUCAAUUCCCAAGCUACUUUAUACUCGCCUACUUCUGUAUUUGCCUGAAUUCAUCUGGGCUGUUGUAGGAGCUGUGUGGGUGUCAGACAGCAGUGUGCACUGCGAGAAGACUGUGAUAAAUGUCGUCAUUGGGACAGUUAUUGCAAGCUGGGUUAUCAUCAUCUUUACCAUCAUUGGAGUUGUAAUCGUCUUUGAUCCGCUUGGGGGGAAAAAGACGUUUUACCUCACCGAUAGCGUAAAUCGUAACCUGGAAAGCAGUCAGUCAGGACAAUUGCUGUAUAACGUGAAGAACACUGCCACCAGAGUCUGGGAGAAAAGAAUCCGGUUACUGUGUUGUUGUAUUGUGCAAGAUGAUGACCAUCGAGUGGCUUUUACGAGUAUCGCAGAGCUUUUCCGCAACUACUUUUCAGACACUGAUCUGGUGCCAAGUGACAUAGCAGCUGGUUUGACUCUGCUCCAUCAAGAGCAAGAUAAAAUGGAAAGUUGCCCAAAAGAGCCUGAAGAAGUCCUGUGUCAUUCUCCAUCAUCCCUCGUGACAGACGAUUUGGAUAUCGAAGUGGAGAAUGCUGCUCACUAUAUGCUGUUUGCUGCAGCUGCUUAUGGCUGGCCCUACUACAUAUACACCAACCCAUUUACUGCACUCUGUAAGCUCAAUGGUGACUGUUGCGGAAAUAGACCAACAGAUUCUGAUAUAACUGGCAGUGAUCGUCAUAACUUUCACUUUGGAUCCAUCCUAAAAAUAACAGGACUGCAGUACAGAGACUUCAUUCAUAUCAGUUUUCAUAACAAGAUCUAUGAGAUUCCAUUUUUUGUUGCUUUGGAUCACAAAAAAGAAGCUAUUGUGGUUGCAGUGAGAGGAACCUUGUCUUUUGAGGACAUUCUCACUGAUCUGUCAGCAGAUUGUGAGGACUUGACGCUGGAGGAUGUUCUAGAGAAUGGCUUUGUGCAUAAGGGGAUAACUCAAGCUGCAAAUUACAUCUAUCGAAAGCUAAUAAAUGAUGGAAUUUUAAACCAGGCUUUCACAAUUGCUCCAGAAUAUAAACUUGUGAUAGUUGGUCACAGUUUGGGUGGUGGAACAGCUUCUAUACUGGCGAUCAUGCUCAGGAACUCUUUCCCAACAUUAAGGUGUUAUGCCUUUUCUCCUCCAGGAGGACUUUUAAGCAAAUCACUUGCAGAUUACACUAAGCACUUCAUUGUUUCAGUCAUUGUUGGAAAGGACCUUGUUGCAAGGUUAAGUAUGCCCAACAUGGAGGAUUUAAAGAGGAGAAUAGUGAGAAUUGUGGCAAACUGCAACAGACCCAAGUACCAGAUUUUGCUGCGUGGGUGUUGGUACGAAGUAUUUGGAGGAGAUCCAGAUAACUUCCCAACUGAGCUGGAUGGCAGAAACCAAGAUGCCCUCACCCAGCCACUUCUGGCUGAGGAGAGUUUAAUGGUUCGUCGGUCACCUUCGUACAAUGCCCUUGAUGAUGAAUCGCACUUAAAUUCACCACCUCAGUAUCCUCGUCUGUAUCUUCCUGGAAAGAUUAUCCAUAUUGUAGAAGAAUCCAGCUCUAGGAAGUUGUGCUCUUCAGAUAUUAAAUACAUGGCAAGAUGGUCAAAUGAAACAGUCUUCAGCAGCAUUUUAAUAAGUCCCAAGAUGAUAACAGACCACAUGCCAGAUGUUGUGCUCAAAGCUCUGAACAGUUUGUCUCAAGAACGUGGAUCAUGUAUUUCUUGUCAAACACGAGAAUGUAACACCAAUGUAGUAUAACCACAGCUCGGAGACGAGGUGUGGGGUUUUUAUUGCAGGUUGCAAGUAUUCAGGACACAUUCCACUGUCAUACCUAAGUGGAUUUCAGUACUGCUCUCACAUUGCAUAAAAUAAAGGAGGGUCUUUGGCCCUUCCUUGCCUCUGCAGCGAGCUCGAGUAACAUUAUGCUGGUGAAAGCACAGAUUCUGCACUUACACUGAAGGCUGAGCUUUUACAAAACCGGAGCAGUAUGAGAAGACCUAACUCAGCCUGACCCUGGCGCACGAGAGCUGAGGCAUCAACUGUGUACUUGACCAAAGGGAGUGUGUGAGGCCAGCCUGGUGGGCAUGUUAGAGCAGAACAGUGGCAGACCUCAGAAAAAAAAAAUAAAAUUAAAAAAAAUCUCGGUCUGCUUCAAAGUCCCUUUGGUGUCUUAGUGCCCCACGACCCAUCUCUGCAAAGCCUGGAGGGCACCGUGUGAAGGGAGCGCUAGGACAGCAAUGCUGCAGUGUGUGGGGGCUGUGCCAGCGCCUGGAGGCGGGUAAGUGCUGGGGCCAGGUGCUGCCCAGGCUGGGUUCCACCAGCCCCCUCUGCCUGAUUGCACUGUUUGUCUUACGGAGGGUGGGAGGUGGGGGGGACAGUGUGGGUUAAAUGCUGCUUGGAUGUACAUGUGCAAUAUUUCUUUAUCUACCUGUCUUUUGUAUCUGUUGAUCCACAUGAUUACUGUUAUUGAUUUUUAAACUAACCUAAUACCAGAACUGCUUAAUGGGGGGGGGGGGGGAGGAAUGUUCAUGCCCUGGUAUCAUUUUAGUCACGAGCUCUGACUACUGUCAGCAAUGAGCUAAUAAUUCUGGCCAAAAAAAAAAAAAAAAGUAUAACCACUCAUACUGAUUUUAAAAAAGUCAAAUCCUUGUUUCUGGUGUGCAGCUAUUUAACUUUUUUUUUUUUUAAGGCUCAGCAGCAUUUCUUAUUUUAAAAAAAAAAUUAUAGAAUUAAGUACAAGUAAGAUGAUGUGGUUAAGAAUAACUGUGUGGAUGUUCUUGCUGUGAUACUUAAUAUGGAGCCAAAAUAAACUGUGCUCAAAAACCUGUCUCAGGGUGUCGGGGUGCUCAGUGAGACACAAGUCACAGGUUCAGAGCUGCUGGAAUGGCUGGGGCCCUGUGC